CAGAGAAAAGACAGGGUAAUAUCAAAAUACAUUCUCUUCAAAAACACACCGGUGUAAAACUUUGCAAAACUGUUUCAAUUUAAAUUAUAAAAUGGACUUUAUCUCUUUAACAUUUUAUAAAGGAAGAUUCCCGCGAUUUGACAAUGCAUCUGAAAAGUACAAACAGCUACUUAAUAGAUAUAGCAAUUUACUCCACGAAAGAAGAGAUGUGCAAGAAAAGAAAUGUGCAACGGUAAUUUUGUGUAAGCGGACAGGUCAUGAUAAAUUUCCUGCUGAAAUUAAUGAUUUAAUUUCAGGAUCAUCUAACUUUUCAAGUGUUCAUGAAGAAAGAAGAUUCAAUUCAAGCAAUAUUGAUAUCUUUUUAAAAAGUGUCGAAGAAAGUAUCGGGUCUGCUUGUGUGUUUAUUGUUAACAGUAAUGAUAAAAAUGAGUUUAUGCGUCUGAGGCAAAAUAAAAAUCAUAUUAUAUUGUUGGCAAAAAAUGAAGAUGAGAAAAAAGAAGUUGAAGGAAAUUGUCGAGGUAAAAUCCAUAUAGCGGUUUCCACAAAAGAAAAGCUGACAAGCGAUAUCGAUGAUAUUUUAGAACGAAUAACAUUGGCGCCAUUGAAGCCAAUCUGUGAACACUGUUACGAAAUGUUCAAACAAAAAAUCUCAAUCAAUGCAACAGAAACGACUGUACACAAAAUUGAUUUUGAAAGGAAGGAAUCAACAAUAAGGAAGAUAACGAAACAAGCAAUACAAAGAAACGGUCACCCACCUGACAAAUUAUCAGAACUAAACCAGCUCAAGUGUAAAAUCAGAGAAACACAUAGAAUCUCACCUUCGUGCACAAAUGAUAAAACCACCAACUGCAGCAAUGGUUCAACAAUAUUUGCUACGACUUGUACACGUGCUAAGACAAAAGUAGAUAUAACUAGCGGCACAAACUCUAGGGAGGCAAUUCAGAAGGAUUCAACUUCUACAUCAAUAAGUACACAACCACAUAUCAUACCUGGUAUAAAAAUGAACGGCUUCAGUCAUUCUGACGGUUUGAACAGUUGUUCAGAAUCUGAAGAAGCUACACGAUCUACUUUUAGAAAUUCAAAUACAAGACAAUCUCGUAAAAGAUCAAUAGAACUUUCUGAAACUAUCUCUAAAAAAGAUAAAAAGAGGAAAGUACAAGACUUGGAGCAGACAAAAUCAAAAGGUAACCAAACUCAAGAAGAAAAUCCGGAGUAUCUCUUAGAAGCGAUUCUAGCCGUAUACGGAAUGAGCAAUGUUCCCGAAUUGGAGAGACCUAAAGUUCCAAUACAUAGCAAAAAGAUUGAUGAACAGAUGAAAGAUGAUUUAUUCAAAAUUUGUCCAACAAUCAAAAGAAUGGGAUAUCGCUAUCGAACGUUUUACAUAUAUGCGGUUAAACCAGUAAGGUUGGAGGACGAAGCAAUCCGUGAUAAUAAAAUCCGGUCUGUACUUAGAAAGUAUGACAUUUUCCCCUACGAAAUAUCAGCUUGUAAUGAGAAAAUAGAAAGAAUGAUGCACACAGGAGCGAAGAUUGAAGCAAGAUUUGAACCACGUUAUUCUUUGAGAUCACAGACAAAAAACACGCAGCUUGUAAAAGGCGGUACACUAGGCUGCUUUGUCAAAGCAGCUGGUGGAAACAAAAAAUAUUGUCUCCUUUCAAAACAUGUUACCGAACAUUGCAGCAAAGUAUAUUAUGUUGAGAACGGUAACAACAAAAUUCUCGGUCCCAUGAUACCAAGGACAAACGGUCGUUUUCAUGGGGGUUUAGAUAUUUCAGCAGCUACUAUGAAUGAGCCAGUCAAUGAAGAAGCCAUUAAAUUUAAAGAUAGACAAGGGCAAAAAUUAAAAGGUUUUUUACAUGACUACAAUGAAGAAGAGGAGGAUGGUAUAUGUAGAAGUGGACAGUCAGUGCAUAUUAAUGGAGCAGUGUCGAAACCUGGUGUAGGUGAAAUUACAAUGCCUAUUGUGCAUGAUUAUGGUUUGAGGAGCCCACUGAUUCAAGUCGAAGACAUUACAACUAAUCCUGGAGGUGCAGGAAACUUUGCAAACGAAGGCGACAGUGGGGCUGUUAUGUGUGUAGAAGAUCCUGAAAAAAGACAUGUUAUUGCACUGGGUAUGGUAAUGGGAAGAAUUGAUCAUAAUUCUUCGGGGCGCAAAUAUUUAGCUUUGCCUUUAUCAAAAGGAGUUCAGCAGAUUGAAGCGCAAACCAGGACCCGUUUAGAGCUUAUGUAGCUGAUUACAACCAUAUUCUUGACGAUUCGUGUAUUUUUCAGCUAGGUCUGCUACUAUGACGGCUAGAAAGACAUACAGUCGACCGAAGGUUCGAAUCACUCAAACACUUAUAGAUUGAAGUGAUGUGGGUGGACUUUUCACACUAAAGAGGAUUUAUAUAUAUAUAUACACUUUAUAGAGAAUCCAUGUCAUAACAAAAUGCAUUAAUGAUUAAUGUAUUUUCCUCUGAAUUUACAGGAUAAUAACCAUGCAUCAUAUAUGAAUUAAAUGCAUCAAUGUGAAUUCAUACGUAAAGUACAUGUAAGUGACAGAACAAAGAGAGUGACACUUGUAAAGCAAGGAAAUGUACUGCAAGGAAAAACUUAUAAUAUACCUCUGCCUGAUGUAAAUUAUGUCCUUACAGAUAUUGAUGUCAAAGUUUAGACAAAUAACCACACAAAGAUGCAGUUAGAAAAUAUCCUUCAGAAAUGGAAUUUAAUGAUUCGUGUCUUUAUCAAUAUAUAUACAUGUAGUCAAAGGUACAAAAAUUUUGUUCAUUUAAUUAAAUAAUGCGCAUGUUUCGAAGUAUAGUGGUAUUAGUUAAUUUGAUAAUAUUUAAUAAAACAUGCGUAGAGCAAUCGAGCAAUUUAGAAGGCAUAAUUGAUACCUGAUCAAUAUGGCUGUGUACAUUAUGUACGUAUGUAUCAUUUUGUAUCAACAUUACUGUAUAAAAAAGCAAGAAAUCAAUAAAGGCGAAAGGCAUGUACUAUUUUAUCCAUAAAUACUUUAUCAAUUGUUGAUGAUAAAAAUCUCAUCAACUUGUUAAUUACAUGUGCAAAUCUUCAUUGUUUUCUUUUUGAUUUUAAUUUUAAUCACAAUAUUCAUAUCACUUUCCUGGCAACUGUUACAGUAUCCGCAUGCAGUAACUGUUCAUUUUUAAGCAAUUGUUUUACAUUUUUGUACUUAAAAUAAAUCGAGUUUUUUUACUAAGAAGAACUUCAUUAGUAUUAUGUGUUGGGUGCAACACCAUAUAAUGAGUAGGCUAGUAUGUAUUAAUAUCGUAUAAAUGACUUACUAAAUUGCUUAGAUUAAAUAAGCUAUCUAGUUGUAACAAUACCAAUGAAGGCACUUGUAUUCAGACUAAAAGAACUAGCUCAAAUCCUUCAGAAAAUAUUUAGAUGGCUAAGGUAAGGCAAUCCAGUAAGGCCCUACAUAAAACGUUUGCAUGUUUGCCUGCAUGAACAUAUUAAAUAUACGAUGAACAAUGAUGAGUAACAAAAUAAUUCAUUCAGACGGAUUUGGAAGUCAUUACUUUAAAACGCAAUAUUCAUUUGUAAAUUUAUUGUAAUAAUUUUAUUUGAAAGUUGAUUUGUUAUGUUUAUAUUACAAUUAAAAGCUAUGUAUAUCUUAAA